AUGGCCAACAGUCCAGCGACUAGUCCCGACCACGAAGAACGUGACGUCCAACUACUCAGCAACGGCGCCGUGCGGAAGAGGAAAGGCACCACCCGCUCUAGAGAGGGUUGCCUGGUCUGUCGGGCGGUAGUGCUUGCGCCGGCCGAACCGCUGCGGCCGGCUUUGAAUGAUGCCGCCGCGCGACCGAACACGGCCGGCGCCCGCGCGUUGAGUUAUUUCCAGUACAAAUCCGCGCAGGAGUUUGCGGGUUACUUUGACGGCCAGUUCUGGGGCGUCACCGUCCUCCAGAUGGGCCACAGGGAGCCGUGCGUCAACCAGCUCCUCGUCGCUCUCGGCGCCCUCCACGAGGGGUUCCGUAACGAACCCGUCUUGAGACCGGACCCGGACGCCGUCAUGCUCCGUCAUCGCGCCAAUGAGGAGUACACCAAGGCCAUCCGGCUGUUCAUCCAGCACAUCGAGGAGCGGGAGUGGACCAGCCUCGACGUCACCCUCACCUGCGCCGCCCUCUGCAUCGCGUUCGAAUGGCUGCGGGGCACCGCGCACGACGCCAAUCACCAUCUCAAAGAGAGCCUCAACACGAUGGCCCAAUGGCUGAACGGCGACGCGCCGGACUCCAACAGCACCAAGAUCAAAUCGCCCCAGGGCGAGUUCAUCCGGACGCAGCUCAAGCCCAUCUUCGUCACCAUGGCCCUGCACACGCGAACGCUGAACGAGCCUCCCAAAAUCCCGCUCCCGGUCAUCGAAUCGGAGCACAUCGACCUGGAGCGCUUCUCCAACGUCCACCAGGCCCGCGACUCUCUCGUCUUCCUCCUGGCCAAGAGCUUCCCGGAGGCCGUGUCCCAUUACACCGUCGACCCGGACACCGCGUCGCCGGGCGACAUCUACCUGCAGCUCGAGAAGUGGGGUCACUGUCUCGACAAGUUCAUCGCCGAGCACGAGGGCAUGGAUCGCGACCCACGCGUGGCCAUCCUCAGGCUGUGGCAUAUCGGCGCCAAGCUGCUCUACUACGGCGAGAACGGCGACAGCGAGCUGUUCUACGACAAGUUCAGCUCGGACUUUGAGAGCCAAGUCGACCUGGCCGAGUGGCUUGUCUCCGAGUCCAUGAUACCCCGGUGCCGCUUCUCCAUCGACAUGGGCGCCUUGCCCACUUUAUAUUACACCGCUGUCAAGUGCCGCCACCCCGGGACGCGACGGCGGGCGAUCGAUCUCAUGAAAGCGUGGCCUAGGCGCGAGGCCGUAUACGAUAGUCUCGCGUGCGCGGCUCUCGCGGCGGAGAUUGUCAAGAUUGAGGAAGGGGACGAUUUUGUGACGUGCGAGACUGACGUCCCGAAGAGUUCUCGCAUCAGCGGGAAGAUCAGAUCCGAGUUUGAGGUGUCUGAUAUCGGCGAGAGGGUGAACAAGCUGUGGAUUAAGCGGGAGGGUGAGAAGGAGUGGACCGAUUAUAGAGAGCAACCCGGACGUCCGCCCACCAUGCGCGAGUUCAUGAGCUACGUCCAAGGCGCAUUCUACGAGGCCACCGGCUGGAACCGCGACAACUCGUACUCGUCGCUCAACGCGACCGCCGAUGCGCUCCUCAACUUCCCGACGCCCCAGGGCCUUCGCCUGACCCUCUCGUCCCUCGCGACCCCCCACUUCGCGACCUCGUACCAGCUCGGCUCCGUAGGCGUCGUCGACGGCUCCAUCUCCUACCUCUACUCCUCCGUCCCCCUCCGCGCGAACCUCACCCCAAAGUCCGAGGCCAUCCCGCUACCGGCGCUCCUGCGCUCAUACCGCCCACUCGGCGACCUGCCGCGCCGUGCCGAUAGCACGCCUUACCCGCUCCUUAGCCCGCGAGCCGCCUCGCUGCUCUACGGCCGCCUUUACCUCCCCGAAUCCCUCCUCGAAGGUCUCAUCGUCAAGCGCAUAUCCCCGGCGCUCCAGCUCCAGCUCAGCGCCGUGUCUGGCAAAUUCUUACGCAAUGGCGGCACGCUUCUGGGUCUGGCCCAGUACGACGUGGGGAGAUACGCAGUGGAAGGACUCGCCUCUUCAGACGGCGGCCUACUGGGUUUCAGGGGAGUGUACAAUUUUGGCGGAGACGCAGCGGACAUACCGCCGCCGCCGCCGCGGGCCGUCGUCGGGCGCGUGAACGGAAAGCCAAACGGCCAAGGCGAGGACGUCAGGGAGCGCAUCUACGGCCGCUUCAGCGCCGGCGGCGAGAUAUACUACGGCACCCUGAACAAGUCGGGCGGCGUCAGCUUCGGGGCGCGGUUUGCAACGUUGCCGGAACACCGCGGCACGCCCUUGACUGCGACGCUGACGCUGAACCCGCUCAUGGGCAACAUCAGCACCAGUUACGCCGUCGUCGCCGGCCCGCACUGUAGCCUUGCGACGCGGAUGGACUUCAACGUGUACAGCUACGAGAGUGACUGGUCGGUGGGGAUGGAGCUGUGGCGCAAGAACAUUCUCAGGAACAACCUCGAUCAGGCGCUGUCGGCUGAGAGUUUUGUCAAGAAGGAACGGAGCUUCCAGGAGAAGCUCGAGUGGAGACGGGAUGAGCCCGAGCCCGAGCCUCAGCCUGUUGUCGAAGGAAAGCAGAAGGAUAAGCCGAGGGAACGCAGCUUUCAGGCCAAGAUGGAGUGGAGAUUGGACGAUCCCGCGGCGGCGGCGGCGGACGUGGUGGACGAAGGUGGGACGAAGCCGGAAACGGGUGCCGUGGUGGACGACGAAUACGGCAGCGUCAUCAAGGCUCGCCUGGACCAGAACAUGAAGAUUGGCGUGCUGUGGGAGGGGCGAGUCAAGUCGCUACUGUUCAGCCUCGGUAGCGCCAUCGACUUGCGCAAGCCCGACUCGCCGUUUAGGACCCUGGGCGUGGAAAUCCAGUUUUCUUCAUGA